CCUGCGAACGCCAGAUAGAAAACUGUCUGUGGGCCGGAGCAGAGGGAUGAAACAAGUGGAAGGAGAUGUAGCCGACAGGCACACAUUAAUUACUCUAACGCACGCACUACACCUCGUCGGCUCCACUCGUUUCUCUGUACGCUGUAGCAUCCUCCGCUUUGCAUAAUAACACACGGCAAGCGAUCGUUUUUGCGGCGCUGCGUCGGAGCUUCAUGGCCGCAACACUCACGAUGAGCGGCGGCGUGCAGGAGGAUCCCUUCUACCCGCUGCAGAAGGCGACUCUGCCCGCUGGGUUCCCCUUGGAGGACUCGGCGUUGUUCGGCUUGGAUUGCAAGAUCACCGAAGCAGACAAGGCUGGACAAAAUGAUUACGCACAGGCAAAGUGUGAGAUGGACAGAUAUCUCUCCCCUCAGCCUCUUCCACUUCCAAACCCUGCAGACAACCAGCAGAAGUCACUCAGAGACAGCUCGUCAGCAGUGGAUCAGUUCUUCACUGACGCUGGGGCUCCCUAUACCCUCAACAUGAAUCUUUAUCUCCCUGACGUCGGCUACCUGAGGAUGGGCUUGUGCCAGCAGGUGCGGUCCCCUCAACACCAGAACCACCCGAGUCUCACUCACAUUAAAACAGAAUCUCCCUCCUCGUGUUUUUCCUCUAACCUGCAGCCCCACUGCCCCGGCACUACGCCCACAAGUAGCUGCAGCACAUCCGGCCACGGCCCUGGCAGUAUGGCCAUGGAAAACUCCGCCACAAACAUGACAUUAACUGGGUUACCAGAAUUCACCAGUGUUUUCAAUCAGCUGGGAGGCAGCCGCGGUGGUGAUUCACUGCCAGAAGUGUAUGUCAAACAGGAAAUGUCACCACAGUUUGAGCAGCACGCUCUCCACCACCACCAUGACAACAGCGGCUCGCUGUUUCAGCUCCUAAACUCUGGCUUGGAUCAUCGCCAUAGCAAUGGGAUGGAGGCUCAGCAUCAUCAUCACCAUCAGCAGCAGCAACCGAUCCAACACACUACCACGAUGCACACACCUUUUCAUGAUUUGCCAGUAGCUACUUCUGCUUCUCAACAAGAGCAAACUGUCAAGCCUGCCUACCGCUGUCUAGGUGGUGGGGUAUACACACAUCCUCAUUCUCAGGCACAUCCCCAAUUCCUCCAGCAGCAGGUGCCCUACCUGCCACCCUCUCCGCCAAACUCAGAGCCCGGCAGCCCUGACAGGCAGAAGGAGCUGCUCCACAACAUGUCACCACCUCCGUCGUAUGCUGCCACCAUUGCCUCCAAGCUUGCAGGUAGCACACCCGGACUUGGACCUGGCCCGGGACCAGGUGGCUUAGCUCUGCCCCACCCUACAGGCCCCACACCAGUCCCAGGCCCAGCCACAGUCCUUCCUCAAGCCCACACGACAGCACCAACCCCAAAUCCAGCACAGAACGCAGUGGCUGUCCGCUACAACCGAAGGAACAACCCCGACUUAGAGAAGCGACGGAUCCACCACUGUGAUUACCCAGGCUGCAAGAAGGUCUACACCAAGUCGUCCCAUUUGAAAGCACACCUCAGGACUCACACUGGCGAGAAGCCGUACAGGUGUACGUGGGACAGCUGCGACUGGCGUUUUGCUCGUUCGGAUGAGCUGACGCGUCACUACAGGAAACACACGGGCGCCAAACCCUUCCAGUGUGGCGUCUGCUCACGCUCCUUCUCCCGAUCGGAUCACCUUGCCCUGCACAUGAAGAGACACCAGAACUAGCAACGUUUUGCACACAUGCUCAAAAAUACAAGCACUAUCUUGACAAAACAUAAAGCAUUCACUCCGUGUCCCGCAGCUACACGAGCUGCCUGAUGCAGAGUGACUUUCAGUGACAUCACAGCUCUUCCUGGUGCUGCUGUCGUGGGCUAAAACACUUCGAUAGCCUAACAAACAUGUUGCUCUUAACGCCAAGUGGAACAAUUUGGAGGUUUUAAAGUAGGAAGAUGGUGGCCAGAUGAUCUUCUGGUCCCUUAACCACCAGAUACACAUAUUAUAGAUGUGUUUGGGCAAAUGAAAAGAUGAGAUGGGGUGUGACUGGAAUGAAUUAAAACAGCAUCUUUUUUGUCUUUAUUGUAACAUAGAACUGGCUUAAUUUUCUUUUAUAAAAGAGAAGCUUUUGUUUGCAAAACUAGUCAAGCCAAAUCUUUGUUUACUCAUUGAUUUGUUAGUUUCUCUCUAGAACUGGAAUGUCCAGGUUUUUAUUCUUUACCAAAUCCUUAGAUUUGCACUAGAAUUGGUAAUCUAAGCCUCAGCCUUUUUGGCCCAAGUAUCUCAUUCACCACUGGAACGAUCAUUAUCACUACUGGACUACAUCUCUGUGUGCACCACACAAAUCAUUGCUGUUCAGAUAUUAAAAAUUGAAGGCAUUUGUACUCUGGAGAGAGGGAAGAGAGAGCAGGGAAAAAGUGAGAGUGUGGGGGUGGAGAUGGAGAUGGAGAGAAAGACCGAGAGGGAGAAAUUUUUGAUUUUAGAGAGAGGAGAUUGGAAGACGAUUGAGAAACAGAGGGAGGUGGAUGGAUGCUAAAGAGCAGCAAUUAGAUGAUGAAUUAUUCAGGUCGUCUUUUGAUGGAUUUCCAUCCAGAGAAAUGUAAGCAGAACCCAUAGACGUGUUCUAGGACUCAUUCAGUUAAUACAGAAUCGACAGUAUUUGAUGCACAAACUUGAAUGUGCACUGAAGUGUCUUCAAAAUGCAGCAUGCUAUUAGUGUAGAUCAGUCUCACCCAGCGUUUUACUUCUGUUAAUUGUUUUAACCAAAGCAUCAUGUUCAACACAUCGCCAACACCUUAUUAAGUGCCUCUUUCUCUCAUUUAUGUGUUUUUGUUCUCUAGUAGCAGAGCUGUGAUGAGUGUAGUCAAUCGUUUUAAAAACAUGGUGCUUUUUAAGAAAAGAAAAACUAAAUCUGUUAAAUCUCUAGGUUUAGCUUUGAAAAGGUAAAUCUCUUGAAUUAUAAGGUAGCCACCCUUGUGGUAAUGUAACAGCACAGCUCUGGCCACUUCGCGGACAUCCUGGGAUGCUCUGGCUCUACGGAGCUAUCUUGGCUCUAACUACUCCUGGACACGUUUUGUUAAAGGACGGGUUCACUUUGUUUUUUUGUUUUUUAAAAUUUAUUAUUAACUUGUUGAAACUUUGGUUCAGCUUCUAAAGUUGAAGAUUAGUUUGCCCCCCCCCACCCCCAC